UGACCUUCAUUUUUCACAAAAAAAAAAACCAAAACCCAGAAAAGUCGUCAACCACCUCUGCAACAAUCCCUCGGAAGCAAAAAUCCGCUCCGAACCCAAAUCCGAAACCACAAUCUUUUAUUGUUACUUUUACUGAUUGUUGAUUAGUACAGCGUAAGUUAAAUUUGGUGCAAAACUUAUCUGGUGAAGGCACCUUUUUUGCUUCUAAAAUUGCAUUUGGUGACCAAUUAAGUCGUUGGUCUUUCGCUUUCUUUAUCUGAUCAAGCUCCCCAUGACCCUCUUGACUUCUUCUGAAGCAACCCUUUUAUUAUUGCCUCCUUUUUAAGCUGUUUGCUAUGGUGGGUCUUGGGUUGCUACCUUGGAUUCACUCUGGUCAGCUUCAACUGAGAAGUGGGUCGUUGAAUUGGAGUUGAAUUUUGGGGGUUUGAUAUGGUUGCCACUGAAAGAUUGGAGCUUUGUUUGUGUGAGAGGAGGAGGGGGCUGGGAAUUUUGUGCCAGAUUGCAUUUGGGUGGUGGGUGGUUCUACUGUUCGUUAAUCCAGUGGAGGGUCUCAGACCCUUGAGGGAGAGAACUAGGUCUUGGGAUGAUGAGCGGCUAUUUACAAGAAAGGAAGAGGGCAACUUAGGUCCAUUUUCACAAUGGAACAUAACAGGAACUUACAAAGGGACUUGGAAGUUUUUAGAUACCACAAAUGGCUCUUCCAGAUUUCCAGACAUCAGAAAAACAAAUGGCAAUUCUGUAAUUGAAUUAGUUAGUACGCCGACAAAGAUAAGUGGAGUACAUUAUGUUCAGGGGGUAGUCAUAUUCCAUGAUGUGUUUGACAAUGAAUAUGAUGUUGGUGGUGCACAAAUUAAAAUAGAAGGUGUAUAUAUAUGGCCUUUUAGACAGCUUCGAAUGGUAGCCAACAGUGGAAAAGAAGGAGAGUUGAACCAGAAUGAAGAUUAUAUUUUAUCUAAUCCAUAUCAUCUGCUUGGAGUUUUCUCAUCUCAGGUACUGCAAGAUUCUUCACGAGAUAAGAUGUGGAGAAGAAAACAUUCUCUGAUUCAUGACAUGGAGAAACAUUGUAAUAUUGAAAUUGCUUCUCAGAUUUCACGCUUGCCAUCAUCAAAUAAUGAGGGUGAACAUGAUCAUUUUCAUCUAGAAGGGUUAAUGGAGAGUCCCUCAGCAGAUGAUGAUGGGGACUGCUUUUCACCGUUACUGUUAAAUGCAACUUCUGUCAAGAUUGAGGUCUACUAUAACAAAGCAGUGAACUACACCUUGAUGGUUACUUUUGUCUCUUUCUUGCAAGUCCUUCUAUUAAUUCGUCAAAUGGAGCAUAGCAGCACUCAAUCUGGUGCUGCUAAGGUUUCAAUAUUAAUGAUUGGCCAGCAAGCAAUAAUGGAUGCCUAUCUUUGCCUUUUACAUCUAACUGCUGGAAUACUAGUUGAAUCCUUGUUUAAUGCUUUUGCAACUGCUGCAUUUUUCAAGUUUGUAGUUUUCUCAAUAUUUGAGAUGAGAUACCUCCUUGCUAUCUGGAAGGCAAGUAGGCCUUUGAGUAACGGGGAAGGUUGGGAGAUAAUGAGGCGAGAACUUUCAGUUUUAUACAGUCGUUUCUAUGGGAUCUUGUUGGGAGGCAUUCUAUUCAUGUAUGAGUUCCAUAAUUAUUUGAGACCUAUUCUUCUUCUUAUAUACUCAUUUUGGAUACCUCAGAUAAUCACCAAUGUUAUUCGCGAUUCACGUAAACCAUUGCAUCCUCAUUAUAUCUUAGGGAUAACUGUUACUCGGCUAGCAAUCCCAUUAUAUAUUUUUGGUUGCCCUAACAACUUCAUGCGCAUAGAACCAGACAAGAGCUGGUGUGUUUGUUUGGCUGUAUUUAUUGGACUUCAAGCUGCAAUUCUCCUACUUCAGCACUAUCUUGGGUCACGGUGGUUCAUUCCUCGUCAGAUUCUCCCUGAAAAAUACAGCUAUUAUAGGAGGUUUGAUCAAGAUACAAGACAUGCUUCAGACUGUGUUAUUUGCAUGACAGCCAUUGAUCUUUCCCAGCGAUCCAAUGAUUGCAUGGUGACACCUUGUGACCAUUUCUUCCACUCUGGCUGUUUGCAAAGAUGGAUGGAUAUAAAGAUGGAGUGCCCAACUUGCCGGCGUCCACUACCCCCUGCCUAGAGACUUUUCUUUCACACUUUAUGUCAAUAGGAUUAACUGACCCUGCUCAACUUUAGUUUUAGUAUAUGCUUAAAUUACCAACUUUUACAUUGUCUUGCUUUUAAUAUUACGAGAGAAGUGAAAUUACUCACUCGGCUUUGGUGGUCAAACCUUUCUUCUCAUGUCCAGGACUGAAUGCUUCUUGUGCUCAUACAAAUUUUGUAAUUUGAUUUUUCCACCUUAUCCAGAUGCUGAGGGUAUGAUUCUUGUACAUAAUCUGGAAAGCAGAGAACAUUAUUUGUACUAUUUUUUCUCAAUACGAAAUCGAAAUGUAUUUUUAUUCUUCCUU